AUGGCGCGACGGCCGAGCCCCGGGCGCUCCGCAGCGGCGGCGGGCGCGGAGCGGGGCGGAGCGGAGCGGGGUCCGGCGGCCGGAGCGGAGUCGAGCAGCGCCACGUCGCUCCUGCCCUGCCCCCGGCCGGGCCUCGGGGAGGACCGGGGGGUCCCGGCGCGGCCUCCUUCUCCCUGGAAGAGCAGACACCUACGGUACCGGCAAGCGAUCCGAGCCGAAGCCGUGGCGUUGCCCGGCGGGGGAUGCGGGGCCGCGCCGUUCCCUGGGGGCGGAGGAGCGCGCCGAGCUCGACGCUUUCCGGCGCUGGCCGCCGAAGAUUGCCGAAGCGGCGAGCGACGCGCAUGCGCGGUGUUGCGGCGGGGCCUGGUGAUGGCGGCGGAGGCGGCGGCGGAGGCGGCGGGUGGCGCGGGCACAGCCGGGGCGGAGGACGGGGCAGACACGGGCGUGCCGGGCCCUGGCGAAGCCGAGGCGGCGCCGCCGCCGCUACCGGGGCUGCAGCUGGUGCAGCAGGGCGCUGAGGCGUGCGUCUACCGGGGCAAUUUCCUGGGGCGGGCGGCCGUGGCCAAGCUCCGCUUCCCCAAGCGCUACCGGCACCCGGCGCUGGAGGAGCGGCUCGGCCGGCGGCGCACGGCGCAGGAGGCGCGAUCCCUGCUGCGCUGCCGGCGGGCAGGGAUCCCGGCUCCCGUGGUCUACUUCGUGGAUUAUGCAUCCAACUGCAUCUACCUUGAAGAUAUUGUUGGCGCGAUCGCCGUUCAGGAUCACAUCUACUCCGUGCAGCGGGGCGGCAGCAAUGCCGGCAGCCUCCUCGGCUUGGCAGAGAAGAUGGGCCAGCUGCUGGCCAGGAUGCACGAUGAGGACCUCAUCCAUGGCGACCUUACAACGUCCAACAUGCUGCUGCGGCCGCCCGCGGAGCAGCUGGACUUGGUGCUGAUUGACUUUGGGCUCAGCUUUGUAUCAGGUCUUCCUGAGGAUAAGGGAGUCGAUCUAUAUGUGCUGGAAAAAGCCUUCCUUAGUACCCAUCCCGAUACAGAAACUGUGUUCCAGGCUCUGCUACAGAGCUAUGCGGCCACAUCUAAGAAAUCUGGCCCAGUGAUCAAACGUCUGGAUGAGGUGCGGCUCAGGGGGAGGAAGAGGUCCAUGAUUGGGUGACAGCAGGCAGCGAUGGGGAAAUAUUCCUGCUUGUUUCUGCCUGGGAGGUUAUUUAUACUUCCAGCUACUUUUAUUGCACAGAUUACUAUUUUGAUAAUAGUGUCUUGUAUAAAAUAAAUUGGAUUGGAUUUCUAA